AUGAGCUACGUGACCGCCCCCGUUCUGGCAGACACCAAGGAGCUGGUCUCGUCCAAGGUCUCGGGGGCCCGAGAAGCCGUGUCCAACACCGUGUCCAGCGCCAAGGACACAGUGGCCACCCGAGUGACGGAGGCGGUCGACGUGACCCGGGGCGCUGUGCGGACUGGUGUGGAUGCCACCAAGUCUGUGGUGGCCAGUGGCGUCCAGUCGGUCAUGGGCUCCCGGGUGGGCCAGGUGGUGCUGAGCGGGGUGGACACGAUGCUGGGCAAGUCUGAGGAAUGGAUGGACAACCACCUGCCCAUGACGGACGCUGAGCUCGCCCGCCUCGCCACGUCCCUGGAGGGCUUCGACAUCGCGUCGGUGCAGCAGCAGCGGCAGGAGCAGAGCUACUUCGUGCGUCUGGGCUCCCUCUCGGAGCGGCUGCGCCAGCGGGCAUACGCUCACUCUCUGGGCAAACUGCAGCUGACCCGGCAGCGGGCCCAGGAGGCCCUGCUCCAGCUGGCCCCUCCCCUGCUCCAGAUGGAAACAGUCAAGCACGGAGUCGAUCAGAAGCUGGUGGACGGUCGGGAGAAACUGCACCAGAUGUGGCUCAGCUGGAACCAGAAGGAGCUCCGGGGCACCGAGGAGAACCCAGCCAAACCGGAGGUGGAGUCCCAGACGCUUACCAUGUUCCGCGACAUUGCCCAGCAGCUGCAGAACACCUGUGCCUCGCUGGGGUCCAGCAUCCAGGGGCUGCCCUCCCACGUGAAGGACCAGGUUCAGCAGGCUCGCCACCAGGUGGAGGGCCUCCAGGCCACCUUUUCUGGCGUCCAUUCCUUCCAGGACCUGUCCAGCACUAUCCUGACGCAGAGCCGAGAGCAGGUGGCCAAGGCCCGAGAGGCCCUUGACCACAUGGUUGAGUACGUGGCCCAGAACACGCCCAUCAUGUGGCUGGUGGGACCCUUUGCCCCGGGAGUCGCCGAGAAGGCCCCAGAGGAGAAGAAAUAG